AUGGGGCUGCGAUGGGGCUGCAAUGGGGCUGCGAUGGGGCUGCGAUGGGGCUGCGAUGGGGCUGCGAUGGGGCUGCGAUGGGGCUGCGAUGGGGCUGCAAUGGGGCUGCGAUGGGGCUGCGAUGGGGCUGCGAUGGGGCUGCGAUGGGGCUGUGAUCGGGCUGUGAUGGGGCUGCGAUGGGGCUGCGAUGGGGCUGCGAUGGGGCUGCGAUGGGGCUGUUAUCGGGCUGUGAUGGGGCUGCGAUGGGGCUGUGAUCGGGCUGUGAUGGGGCUGUGA